CCAUUUUUUGAAAUCCUGGUUUUACUUGAAUAUUCCUUGCGCAAGCAUACGGGGAAGUCCUUGCCAAUCAAUGCGGGUGAAAAGCACGGCUUGAGCAAAUAGAUGGAUUGACGUAUAUAGAGCGCAUAGAUUCUCUAAUGACUGCUGCAAAUACGGCCAGGCAGAGGCAACUUAACAGUGUCUUCUUAACAACUCUGGGGGCGAGCCGUUCCACGACCUCUGCUUUACGUCAAGAAAUCUUUACGACCGAUUUUAAACUUUUUUUAUGUAGAUUCACCCGGAGACAGCAUUUUGUGUAAUCAUUUGUAGUGAUUUUUUUUUCUCCUUCUUCUAUUCACUUGUUACGUUAUACAUCACGCUUACGCCGGGCGAUUCCGGUAUCAGCAGUGUGACAUUGCGUCACAGAGACUCGCUUUUCACUUCGAUCUCUGCCGCACAUCCGUCCGCACACGACCGUGCUUACGUCUCUGAAUCAUUUCUCUGUGAACGUCACUCGACUUACACAACACCCGGGAUUUUCUAGGAUAGUGCUUUCUUAUAUUUUGACUGUGUCUGGAAGUAAGUUUAAAGCUGUCAGCUGAGCCUGGGUACAAUUUUAAAUGUCCGAUAACGGCAUGUUAUACUUUCAACCAUGGCUGUGUGGACCGUCGUCUGCAGCUAGCACACGGCCAGCCGACCAAUCGGACGAGGUGAAGAUGUUGGGAGCAGUCCUUAUUUCACAUACGAGCACUGCUCUGCAGAGACGAAGGGAGCGCUGUGUCAAAAUGGCUGACUACUCGGUAGCCACGCGGAUAAGUUUGGAGGAAUUGAUACUUCGAUUGUACGACAUAGACGCUGUUAAAUUUGGAGAAUUUACUCUUAAAUCUGGCACGGAAUCUCCCAUAUACAUAGACUUGAGGGUUAUUGUAUCGUACCCGGAAAUACUGGUACGUGUAGCUGAAUAUCUGUGGGAUGCGGCUAAACAAGGAGGCGGAAAAUUUAUGUCCGUUUGUGGUGUUCCAUACACAGCCUUACCAUUAGCAACAUGUAUCUCUACCAGCCAAAACCUGCCCAUGUUGGUGCGUCGUAAAGAAGCCAAAGAUUAUGGGACCAAGAAGAUGGUGGAGGGUCACUACAAAGCUGGGGACAUCUGCCUGGUGGUGGAGGAUGUUGUCACGAGUGGCUCCAGUGUGCUGGAGACAGUAGAGUCUCUGAAGCAGGAAGGCAUUGUGGUACGGGAUUGUGUGGUUCUGUUAGACAGAGAACAAGGUGGCAGAUCAAAGCUAGAGAUGCAAGGGAUCAAACUACACAGUGUCUUGACAGUUAAUCAAAUUCUGGAUGUCCUAGAAACUGCUGGGAAAGUUGAUUCAGAAACGGUAGCUAAAGUGAAGAAGUUUGUAGCAGAUAACAGAUUUGACAUCAUGGCCAUGAGCCAUGCUGCAGCAGCAGCUGCCGCUGCCGCAGCCGCUGCUGCCAACACUGCCAGCGCAGCCAACGGAAACAAACGCAAGAUGGAAGAACUGGCCAUCGCAAAUGGUUCUCCCAUUGAAAAACAAGCAAAGUUAAAUAAGGCAGAGGUGAUGAAGUACCGUGAUCGUGCCCAGCUCUGUUCACACCCCAUGAGCAAGGCGCUGUUCCAGCUGAUGGAUGAGAAGAAAUCUAACCUCGCCUUCUCAGUGGAUGUCACAGAGUGCGCCAAAGCUCUUGAGCUCAUAGAUAAAGUCGGUCCGCACAUCUGUCUGGUGAAAACUCAUGUUGACAUUCUCAGUGAUUACACACCUGAUUUCACCAAAGAGUUACAGAAGCUAGCUGAAAAGCACAGAUUUCUGGUGUUUGAAGACAGAAAAUUUGCAGAUAUUGGCAACACAGUAAAACACCAGUUCAGUGGUGGCCUGUACAAGAUAUCCAGUUGGGCUGAUCUAGUCAACGCCCACUCUGUAUCAGGGGAUGGCAUCAUCAAAGGCCUCAAAGAGGCAUGUAAUGAGAGUAACAAAGGUUGUAUCCUUAUAGCAGAGAUGAGUUCAUCUGGAAAUCUGGCUAAAGGAGAGUACACAGAAGCCACUGUACGUAUGGCAGAAGAGAACGAUGACUUCGUGGUUGGGUUUAUUUGUCAGAGACGUUUAACAGAUAAUCCAGAGUUUAUUCACAUGACUCCAGGUAUACAGCUAAAAACAGGGUCAGGCGACGGACUGGGGCAGCAGUAUCUUACGCCAGAGCAAGUAAUAAAAGAGAACCAAUCAGAUGUGAUCAUUGUGGGACGAGGUAUUCUCCAGGCAGAGGACCCCGUGGCGGCGGCUCAGCAGUAUCAAGAGGCAGGCUACAAGGCCUACAAAUCUCUCUUCACCUAAAGCAGGGGGUGAAGGAACCUCCUCAACCUGACCAUUAAGUGACCACCGCUGGCUUGAGCUGGAUGGUCUGGCCAGCCUGUCUUGACCAGUGUUCAUUCGUACAAACUGUUUGAUGCUGGACAGUCCCGUGAUGUAUGACAAGCAAUCGGGUGCUGCCUCCUUUUGUCGAGGUUACUAAAAUACCAACAGAUUGACAAACUAUGAACUUUUAUGUUGUGUUGGCAUGAGAGAAUAUCUCUUAAUGCCUAAUAAACCAAGAAUAGCCCAUGUGUGCCUGGGAGAGAGAGAGUUAGUGUAAGUGUGGCGAGAAAUUGUGUGUGUUUGUGGCAAUCUCCAUGGAAAACAUCAAAGGGAGUUAACUCUCCCACAUGUGCCAUUUGUUCCCCUUGAAUGUGCUGUUGAUAUGGAGUGUAAAAAUUAUGGUCGUAACUAUUUUUGAAUAUCAAAUCAUCCAUGAAUUGAAUAAAUAGACUAAUUAUCAUGCAAUGAAGACAAAGAUCUGAAGAUGUAAUUGCAGGUUCAUGUCUGUAGAAGGUGAAAUUCUCUAGUUAACAAACUGAACUUUCCGGCAGUGUAGCUAGGUGGGGUACUUGGUAGGGUGUGAAGGAUAACAGCUUGUUUGUAUUGUCAGCCAUAGUUGUCAUUUAGUGCUGGUUUCCAAAAAUAACAAAAAUUUCUUUUUGUUAUGUUAUUGUUGACACAAAAUUUCAGGUCAUCUUUUUUCCAAAACAAUGACUAAAGUGAUGAAAUGAAUGUCUUGCACUUUGAUAAUUGCCUCAGCAAUCUACAACACUCUGAAUUUGUAGGCAACAUUAUGAGCAUCAUUAUAGAUCAGUGUGUAACUGGUCUACGUGUUGUUAAACUAAACAGCUUUAGUCACAUUAUCAGCACCUGCACUUCACAAUUCAGAAUUAACGUUUGUGUUUUUUAUUGAUUUUUGGUCGCCACAAUAUGGAUGAAAUAUUGCUGAUGUGGUGUUAAGCCAUAACCUUUCUUUCAUUCAUUCAUUCUGUUUGGUUUACUUAGUGAGAUGUUACAGAAUUAGCUCUUAGAGAAUGUCUGGAAUAGAUUGUUUAUAUAUGAACAUAUACAACAGGGCUUUAGAUCUUUGUCAUAGGCCCAUUGUGACACAUACCUUAUAUUUAUGAGUGAACUACUUUUUGUAAGUAGUUCAUCAUACUCACGAUAGGUCACUCUUUUGUGAUUGCCUGUUGUAUGGAUUGGAUUGGAUUGAGAGAGGUAUUUGUUAGUGAGUCAGGAAUUGUUACCAUGGCAGCAGAUGUGUAAAAACCUGGUCUUUUAAGGAAAAUAUCUGCAAAAGAUAAGCUGGUGAUAGCGAUGUUACAGUUAGGUUGAUGUCUGCGAGAGAUAAGCUGGUGAUUUUACAGCCCUGAUGCAUGUUGGGGAGAUGAGCUGUAGUAUUAUGUGUAGUUUCCAUUAAAUGGCUUUGUUCCAGAAGCUGAUUGGCAAGUUUGUGAUGGGUGUCCUGAAAACAUCAAUUAGAUUGGCUUCACAGACAUUACAUGCUUGGCAGGGCUUGUGCUUGGCGUGCUCAAAAGGGGAGAUAAUUGUGUGCAAGUGGUUUUAAAAGGAAGGCCCUGCUGUAUUGGUGAUGUUGACUCUUCAUUUUGUGGUUGAAUAUAAAAUGUGAGGCUUUUUCACAAAUGUUGGUAUAUUGUAUUUGUUGAUAAGCUUAUUUUGUACACAGAAGGAUCUCUUAUACAGUCAUGCCUAGCAGUUUCACCAACCCCUCCGGUUGUGCCUGAGUUAGGGGUAUAGUACACAUAUUCAUUACUUCAUAAAAGUGCAGCUGACUGUGUAGAUAUACAAUCCUAGGCUUGACUUCAGCCUUAUGGGAGAAUUUGUACAUUUGAGGAGUUUUAUACAGGCUUUCAGUGGGGUAACAUCGCACAGGUUAGAAAUGUUUAAACUCCUAUGGUUAAUGAUUUUUCAGUGCAAAAUUGAUUACUGGCCUAGGCAUAUUUUAUGAUGUGCCGAGUUUUUGAAAACUUUUGUUGACUGUUCUAGUCCCCCAUUCAAGGUUUUUGUAAUGAAGAUAAACAUAAAUCUGUUACACAGGUGUCCGAUAUGGUCAAGAAUUCCUAUUGUUCAUGUUUAGGAUUUGACCUAAUGGAUAGGCCAGUUUUAAUUUCCACCCAUGUAGUAACAAAAUGGGUAGAUAUAGUAAAGCUUUUCGUUUCUGUAGUUGUAUUCUGAGAGCGUUAUUUAGUAAAGAGUGAUAAAUUGGUUGAAUUUGAUUUUGACUUUUUUCUGAAGUUGUAGAAUCCAUUCAGUAGUUCCAGAUUUGAUUGAAUAAAAAACAUAUUUGUUAUUUAAUCUGUUAAAAGCUUUAAGGAAUAAUGUUAGUGCUACACAUAACUGCUAUUUUGUGGAAUGCCUCCCAUGUUACCAUAUAUUUUUAACGCAAAUCUAUUUGGGAUUAAAGCCAACUUGGAGUCUCUUGUAGACAUUGAACUCCAGUGGAGUAUUUGUAGACCACAAAUUCUAUCUAUCUAAAUAGUUCAAAGUUGUGCAUCAUUUGCUCAUAUGAACACCCGUCAUAAUGAUUCGUGGAAUUUAUGCUUAAUUCACGUAACCAUUUAUCACCACAUGAACUGUAUGCGUGGCAGAAAAGAGAAAUCAUUGGGGAAGUCUAAAAUUAAACAUACAUGUACUUGUAUGCUGGGAAAGGACCUUUCCAUUUCACUUAGAUUUUUUCACCGUCAUCAUUUUGUCACAUUGUUUCUAUGUUACAUGUUUGUUUUUGGAGUCAUUACUUCAUGUAGGGUUGUAGCUGUUAGCCUGUUGAUGUGGUCAUUGACCAGUUCUCUGACAUUCACAAAUCAUCUGGUUUGUCCCGGCUUAACUUAAAAUAAACGCUAAAAAAAUCUGG